GAUCAGCUGAUUUUUCACGCUGCCAUUUUGUCCGGCUCCGGCAGAGGCAGCAGGCACCAGGCACCCGCCACUGUCCGACUCACGGAGCUCCCACACGGGCUAGACUUCACCCAGACACCGCCACCGCACCGGAGCGUGGACCCCCUCUGACAGCCGCACAACCACACCUCCGUCCCGGGGAAGACUGUGCCCUGCCUCUCCCCCCCCAGCCCCCGGGCCAGCACCUCCAACCACAGCACCCAAAGGAAGAAGAAGAAGAAACACGGAAAGGAGGGGGGACCGUCUGGCUGAACUUACCCCGUCUGCCGGCUUCUCUGCUCGGUCACAGCCUUGACGUUGCCCCGCUGUCUGUCUGGAGGCUGGAGCUGCUAGCCGCGCUGCUAACGAGCACCCACCCCGUCUUUGCGUCAGUUUUCGCGGGGUUAAAAAGCCACCUGUCCCGGCUGUCAACACUUAAAACCCUUUUAAACUUUUCAGACAAUGCGCUGCUCAAUUUUUAACUACUUUUUACAAGACUUUUGCUCGUUUUUAUCGCGUUACUUGUGAAAUCUCGCAAUCUUUUUGGCUUAGAACUUCAACGCGGAGGAACUCAACUGUUUUGCAACUCAAUUUUGGGAAUUUUCUUCAAUAUUUUCACGUAUUUUCUUUGCCUUGACGUUUCAAAAGUUACAAACCAGCCAAAUAGCUAUGUUAAAUUGUGGCCAAAAAGUCAAUUUAAGUAUUUAUAAGAUUUACUUGGGAACUCUUAACUAUUUGUGCAAAGAAAACAGUUGCUUUUGUAGCUAACAUCAACUAGCUAGCUUUAGUUUGGCAGUUAGAAUCCUCCACAGUCACCAGGGAAACUGCAGAUCAGUUACACGUAUUUUUUACAUUGAAUUGCAUAGAUUUUUGGACGCACUUGGGGAAUUAUUUUCGCUCGCUUUGCACAGGAGUCAAAAGUAUCGAUCAGAGGGAUUAUUGGGCUGUUUUAGCUGAUUGCAAAAGGCCAAACGAAAGCGAAAUAAGGCGAAAGAAAGGAGAAAUAUGUCAGGCCAAUCCCUCACGGACCGGAUCGCUGCAGCUCAGCACAGCAUGACCGGCUCCGCCAUCAGCAAAGCAGUGUGCAAGGCGACUACUCACGAAGUCAGCGGGCCCAAGAAGAAGCACCUAGACUACCUGAUCCACUGCACCAAUGAGAUGAACGUGAACAUCCCGCAGCUCGCAGACACUCUGUUUGAGCGGACGGCCAACUCCAGCUGGGUCGUAGUGUUUAAGGCUCUGAUCACCACUCACCACAUCAUGAUGUACGGCAACGAGCGGUUCAUCCAGUACUUGGCCUCUCGAAACACUCUUUUUAACCUCAACAACUUCCUGGACAAAGGAGCUCUCCAAGGUUACGACAUGUCGACCUUUAUUCGCCGCUACAGCCGAUACCUGAACGAGAAGGCCAUGUCCUACAGACUGGUGGCUGUGGACUUCACCAAGAUGAAGAGAGGGGUGGAUGGAGUGAUGAGAACCAUGAACACAGAGAAACUCAUCAAGACGUUACCCAUAAUUCAGAACCAGCUCGACGCACUGCUGGACUUCCAGGCCAACCCAAACGAGCUGACGAACGGGGUGAUAAACUCGGCCUUCAUGCUGUUGUUCAGAGACUCCAUUCGGCUGUUUGCUGCCUAUAAUGAAGGCGUCAUCAACCUGCUCGAGAAAUAUUUUGACAUGAAGAAGAACCAGUGCAAAGACGCCUUGGACAUUUAUAAAAAGUUCCUGUACCGAAUGACCAAGCUCUCGGAGUUCCUCAAAGUGGCAGAGCAAGUUGGAAUAGAUCAGGGGGACAUACCCGAUCUCUCACAGGCUCCCAGCAGUCUCCUGGAGGCAUUGGAGCAGCACCUCGCGUCUCUGGAGGGCAAAAAGACCAAGGAGCUGAGUGCGGACACUAGGGCGUCCACUUUGAACAGCGCUGUCUCGUCUCUGUCCUCUACCGGGAUGUCCUUCAGUCGCAUGGAUGAGAAAGAGAGACAGCAGGCUCUGGAGGAGGAGCAGGCCAGACUACAGGCACUCAAGGACCAGCGCCUGAAGGAGAUCGGAGCCCACACUCCUCCCUCUGCCUCCCCCAGCAGCGUGUCCAUCAGCAGCUUCAACAACAACCACGUCGCCCCCUCCCCGGAGCUGUUCACCUCCACGCUCAAUGCUAACAGCGUUCCUGCUCUGAACAGUGACCUGUUCGACCUGCAGCCGGCCUUCAUCCCUGCGGUCCACAACAUGUCCAACACCAACAGUGCCUGGGGAGGAUUGGACCAGCCGCCUGCCCAGACCACCACCGUAGAUUUUGACGCAGUUUUUGGGAAUAACUCCAGUACGACCACUAAUGGCAACGGUCCCCAGGCACCAGCCGGUUUCGACACUCUGGGAGAUGUGCUGAAGCCGACCCUCCCCUCCCUCUCCGCUCCUCCGCCUCCUCCUCCCCCCAUGGCCCUUCACUCCGGAGGGAAACUUCUUGCCCAUGACCUUGACUCGUCUCUGGCUAACCUCGUAGGCAAUCUGCACUUUGGGACCCCAAAGAAGCCGGAGAUGCAGUGGACGCAGCCCGGGGAGAAGAAGCUAACGGGGGGACAGAACUGGCAGAACAAGACCUUGUCCACCACCCAAUGGAGCCCUGCACCCAUGGGCCCCCCACCCAUGCCCCUGCAACAUGUGAGUCCGGCUGCUGUGGCGUUCCCCAUGGCCACACCUCAAGUGCCUGUCUAUGGAAUGGUCCCUCCUCAGAUGGGUCAGAUGGGAGGGGUCCCUGUCAUGGCUCCUCAGCCCAUGAUGUACAACCAGCCUGUGGUCAGACCUACCAACCCCUUUGCCCCCCUCCCCGGAGCACAGAUGCAGUUUAUGUAAAAUCCAAACGUCGAGGAGGAGAGCAGAGCGCCAAAAGCAACGAACAAAUAAACAAACUACGAGAGAGAAAGAGAGAGGGAGGGAACGGACAGAUGGAGAAAACAACGCAAUCAGGCCACAGGAAGUGUCUGAGGACUGAUGCAUGAUGGGAUGUGAUGAAGAGGAGGAGAGGCUGCCCUAUUGGCUAAUAUUAGUGGUCUUCUGAAACAACUGACUUUUGAUUUGAUAUAGUUUGGCAGAGGUGGGUAGAAAAGCCAGUCUUUGUACUUUGUUUUAGCAGUUUUUCAAGUACAAGUACAAAGCAGAGAGUAUUCAAGUAUUUGGGGGAACUACUACGCAAGUAAGAGCCAGAUCUGAUCCCAAAAUCUGGUAUUUUCAAAAGUCUAGAACAUGUGAUCCUCAAGAACAAGGCUCAAAGGCUAACAGUGAACAUACUCAUGCUAACAGAGUAAAAAAAACACUCAAAAAAGGUCCAGUAUUAUAAAAGUUCUUUUCUGGUUACAUGGGACAAGCCAACUGUUACAUUAUACAUUAUAUUACUGAAAAAGGAGUAAAAAUAUGGAGUGAAAUGGUCUGAAAACUAUUCUGAGACAUACAGUUUUAUGAAAAAGUUACUCAAGUUAAUGAGUAUUAGCCAUGGGGUUAAAAAAAACAAUAUUUAACAGGGUCAACUUAUUGUAGAAAUAAGAAAAUUAAUAUUGAUCUAAAUAAUUUCAGAGGCAGGACAUGGGGCUGUAGAACUGAAAUCCACUGUUGAUCCACAAAUGUUGAGCCUUUAUGUGUUUGGGAUCAGCUCCACAUGUCAUAUUAAAUUUAUGACUUUAAUUAAUCUUACUUCCUUUCAACUGACAAAAAUCUCUUUGGGGUUGAAUAAUAUCCUUGCUUUCUGAAGAAUAAUUUAACACUGAAACUUGUGUCUGUUUCAUGUGGAUAAACCAUAGACUGUAUAUAUAAAUGGACAUAGCUUACACGCUAGACACCGUGUUCCAAACAGGAAGUGAGCAUGGGCGCUUCCAGCUCCAUCACCUCCAAUUCACUUUCUAUUGAAAAAUCGUCGCUCCUCUCUCUGUACCUGCUGCUGUCAGACUCAUCAUUUUGGUCUUAAAUGUUCGUAUUAACCUGCUUUACAAGAUCCUGGUGUUUUUAUUUCACUAUUGCGUCUGUAAAUCAAGAUAUGAACAUUAAUAAUAACAGACACAUGAGGCGCCUUCUUUCCCCGAGGCCACUCCCGCUAGCGUUAGCAACAGGUUUGAUUGACAGCGUUGCUAAGUCCCCGCUUCCUGCUAAACCAGCGGUGCUCUUCGGUUGCUAUGAUAUUCGCAGUCGGAAUUCCAAAUACGAAACUUUUCUCCGAAUUCCCGUCUGUAGCUGCUAGCCUCGAUGAGCUUCAUUUGACUGGAGCGUUCACACUCCCUCAGUCCACGUCUUUUAUACAGUCUAUGGUACAGCCCCAGUAAUUAGAGAGAAUUACAGAGUAAGCUUUAUUUCACACUGGGGCUGUUUGUCCUGUGUGGCUUCCCGUAGCUGCCCGUCAGGUCUGGGCACGCUCAAUACAGGAUGAAGGUUUGUUUGUUUGUUUGUUACACCUCUAGUUGUUUCAGAAAACCUCUCGCUCCCUCAUCCACAUCCCGUUCAAACAGGUCAACAAACUUUUCCACCAAUUAUGUUUUCAUUUACUCCUCUGUUCAGUCAAGGCCUCCGCGAAUGUGUCGUUGAUCGAAGUGGUUUUAAAGUGAUUCAUGAGCAAAUGUUUUAUAGCCCCUGAAAUUCUCGACAACACGCAAACUACUGUUGUCGAAAUUGUUUGGUUUUUUUGUAAGUAUAGAUUUGCAUAUUUUUAUUCCCCCAAAAAGGAAAUGAGUUACGAAAGUGUGGCCUCCGUCGCUGCUAAAUGGAGUGUUUUGUUUUAGCCUUGAUGACACCAAAAUCCACAAAACUCAAAUUAGAAUAAGAGCGUUUUUAUCUGGUGGCUGUGAAGAGGAGAAUGUAACUACAUCAUCUGGUUUCCACAUUUCGCUCUGAGUAAAAAGGGGCUUUUUACAGACGUAGCAUUCGAAUCAGACUGGAGCUAACGCAGAUAAACACAGAACAGAUGAGCUGCCUGUCGUGGAUUUGGUUAUUUAACACAAGAUCGUUAUUUCGUUAAACAGGUUAUAACGACUUCAGUUUCACGUUUUAACAAGUUCCAUAUUUCGCUCGAAUCCACUGUGAAAAGGACGAGUCGAAAUUAAAACGGAAAAAUAAUACAGGAGCCAAGAAAAAGUCUAAAAGUACUUGUUUAAAAGUGUACUUCAGAGUAAACAAGUACACGUUUUUCAGAGAUUUUGAGAACUGCUUAAAUCAAGAGUUGUGUUGAUUUUUGUUCCACAGAAGUGAUUUUUCUUUGUCAUUUUUAUUUAUAGAGUUUUGUCUUGAACUCAGGACUCACCUUCAGGCAGGAUUUGACCGUGAACAUGUUGGAAAAAAUGACUUUUUACUUCUCAGUUGAAAAAUAUAGCAAAGUAGAAAGUACAGAUACGUUCUCUUAAAUGUAGUGAAGUAAACAGUAUACACAACAGUACUUUAUCGUUGUACUUUUUUGCUUUUACAGCUUUAAAAAUCAUGUCUCAGUCUGAUUCAAAUGCCCGGUCUGUAAAAGUCCCCACAGCCAAAACGACGCAGGUGUUUUGGGUAAAAUAUAAUUGUUCACUUUUACUGGAAAAGUAAAAAAUCCAAUGAAGUUUGUUAUGAUUUUGACUGUUACUCACCGAUGUUGUUUCUGGAAGUCAAAAUCAAAAAUCACCAUAAAUACUACUUAACGUAAGCUAUUUGGACUUACGUUGAUUGUUGUUUUUUGCAGUUUUGUUGUAAAUUUGAUCCAAACUUGUCAAAGAACUAUGCCAUUCUCACCAUGAUGUUAAUAUUUGUUACACAAUCGUCUGUUUUUCAUCGAGGGCUUUUUUCUAAAAACGUGUCAAAAAUCGUGCCAAAUUUGAGCCAAAUGAAGUUGACACAAAUUUGCUUUUCAUUUUGUUUUUUGUAAAAAUAAUCACGUUUUGUUGCUAACUGCACAUGCUAAAGAUUUGCACUGAGUGACUCCUGCCGCAUAGCUUUUCUGAAAAUUAUAUUUGAAAUUUGUAAUUUGGGGGUUUUCAAUAAUAUGAAUGAAAUAGUUUUGUUGAAUAUCAGCCCUUUUGGCAUCUUUAACGAACCUUUUGUAAGUGUCAUUUUCAUUGUAAACAGGGAUGUCCAGAUUUGCAUUUGAGAGGAGAUUUAAAGUUGAUAUGACAGGUUUUAUUACUUUAUGAAGUACUUUUGGCGGGAUAAUACCUGUAGUAAAUAUUUGUCAUAGUUUUACAUCAGUUAAGUGACAGUUUGAAGUAAAUAAAGUUGAGAAAGAAGUACAAAAAUACAGGAAGUAGCGCUGAGUUUUAAAACAGAAUCCCUCUAUCUACAUCAUCAACACCGAAGGCAUUUUUCUGACAGUUUAAACCUUCAUUUAACAAAAUAAAGUUGUAAUCAUGUAUUUUUACUAUCUAAUCAUAACUAUUGGUCCUUGUUUACAUUAUGGUUGCUAGGUAACAGUUAUGGGAUCACCACUGAAUACGUCACAUCUGCUGCCCAAACCAGGAAGUGAAAUAAUAAUAAACUUCACCAAAAUUUAAAACUAGUAAGAACUAGGCAAGAUUUUAUUUAUUUUAAUCUUAAAUAUUAUUAUUACGAUGUUUUAUUGAAAUGAGUUGAACCUGUCAUAUGCUCUUUAAGUUUUAAAACUGAGCCGAAAACUCAAAACUAAAAUUGAAACGUGUCGAUUUUACCUCCAAACUCGUGCCUCAAUUGUUUUAUUACACAGAUAUGUUAAAAAUUAUGCAAAAAUGACUAGUAGUAAAUGUGUAUCGCUAAUAAUAAUAAUAACAGUAGUAAGUGUUUGAGUGGGCGGGUGGUUGAAGUGUCUUGCCCAAGGACACAACAGCAGUAUGUCUAGUCCAGUCUGUGGUUAGUGGAGGGUUUGACGGCCUACAAAACGUUUUAGCAUAGACCCAAAUUUUACAAUGUGGCAGAUUUAUAUGAAAUUUGAUUGACAUUUGAACACAUUUAGUCAUGGGUUUCAGUUUUCUGUUCAUGGGCGCCAUUUUGAGGACUUUUCACAAUUCAAAAGCUAGAAUAUUUUUUGAAUUGUUAAAUACUACGGUGCUAAUUUCCCAAUUCUAUCUGGACAUCCUUGGAAACGCCAUAACGUCAUGUUCAAACCUCUGCUCCCGUAGCCGCUUUGACCCUUUGUAUAGAUGUAAAAAAAUUAAUAAAAAUUGCUAGCUAGCCUCUCUGUCGCGCGUGUACAGCUAACGCUCUUUCUCUGCUUGUCUUGUGCUAGUGCUGCCGUCCAUUUUGACCCUCUCUGCUCCCCGUAGACCCGUAGUCCGCUUCCUCAUCCUGUAGUUCCCAGUGUCGAGUGACUUGUCUCCGUCUUUUGCCGUUUGCUAGCCUUCCUACCGCAUAUGUUUGGUAUAUUUUUUCACUUUAUGAUGUCAUAUGCUUAUAAAGAACACAUAUGAUGCAUUCUUGUGGCUUCGUUCACUUUUAAAUAUGUUAUUGAUCACAAUUUCACCACGGAAUGAGUUCGGUGAUGGUUUAUGGACUUAAAAACCACUCAGGAGAAUCUGGAGUUUUGUCUGUGACGCAACUAAACAGGCUAAAUGUCAUUGGAACAUUUUUGAGCCUCAGAGAGCAUGAUUUUGGAUGAACUAAUUAAUGAAACAAGCGUGAACGAAAUAAAAUGCAACUCCAGGUGUGUUUUUGACGAGGGGGACAACAUUAUGACAUGGUUAAAAGUUUUUUAAAAAGUCAGUUUUGCAGAAUAUGUGUUCUUUAAAUCUCGCACCGGACUGUGAAUUGUUGAGGUCAUUCGGAUAUCCAGGUUGUUUUUUUUUGAGACAAAUGUAUUAUUUCUAUACAGCAAAUUAUUGGAUAGCGAAAUGACCUGUUUGCGUGUUAGCUUUGGCGUGUUAGCUUUAGCUUCAACUAUAGCAACACUGAAGUGGCCAAAUGUAGCUUGUUGAUGCUCGUGAUUAUACCUUAUGCACUUUUGUUUGAUAUUUUCUGGCCCAUACAAUCCCAUUUAUUUGGCUAUUUUAAAUCAGAUUCAGGUCUAAAACUGUAGGCCUCAAAUAAAGCUGGAAAAUUCGAGUUUGAGAAUUGUCUGGAAUGUUCCACAAUGCGGCAUUAAACCUAUCCAUCGUACAUUUACUCAGUUACAGUUGUCUUUACAGCUAAAACGCGCCUCGUACGACUUGUGUUCUUGCUGUGAGCUGCUUGUCUCCAUGGAGAUACUGUGGGGCAUUCCAAGCAAAACCGUUACAUCACCACGGAGACACCAGGAAAGUUACACAGUGCAGCUUUAAAGUCAUGCACAGGUAAUUGAAACUCACUCACAUUGACCAGUUCAUUUCUACAUGAAUUCCAGCUGAUUCAAACUCGUCCUGGUCACAUUUUCUUUUAAAUUUUCCCCGUUUAAAGUCGGUGAAGUUGAAGAAGCCAGAAGAAGUCGUCUCUGUGCUUUUUUCUGUGCUUUUUUUCGGACCUUAGGUUGUUUUGGGCCUUUGUAGCAUGAGAGAAACAUGGACCGUUCCACUGAGGAUACUGUUGUUGUCACGUGUGCUGUCUGAUGCAUGGUUGCCCUGACGAUUGCAUCACUUUGUUUGGUGAAGCAUGUUCUGAUCCCACUGCGAUGGAAAUCAAACGAAAUCAAAACGAAAACAUUUUACUUUUAUUUUUAUCUCAAACUAAAUAAGGAUGGAGGAGAUGAAAUUUCUACAUCCCUGCGUUUAAAUCUACUUAAAGGUGCAAUAGGGAAUUUGUCUGGUAGAGGGUCUGUCACCUGCUUAUCGUCAUGGAGAUGUUACUGCAGUGUGGCGUUAAACACGUCUAUCUAUCUCCAUGGAGACAAACAGGUGAUGCCACAACUCAAGUUACAGGUUAGAUCUGUGGAGAGGCGAAUUCACACAUAGUAAGAGUACAUGUUUUUCAAGGUAUUUUUGUAAUAACUACACGUGUAUUUAAUAAGAUGGACAGUAUGUUUAAUGUGAGCAUAAUCUGUGAGUCUUUAUGAAAUAAGUAGGUGCUGGACUCCCCCAUCUCAAACUGAAAAUACAUCAUUGUAAUAGCGCUGUUGAAGGAAAAACAAUGUUCUCUCGCUCUGGAGUAUAAGUAACACCAGUGAAAAAAUGCAUAAUAAUGAAGAAAAAAACAUAUAAGUUGCACUGGACUAUAAGUCGCAUUUUUGGGGAAAUUUAUUUUGCAAUAUCUGAGACCAAGAGCAGACAUUUUAUCUUUAAAGGCAAGUUAUAAUAAUGAUGACAGAGAACAACAGGCUGAAUAUCAGUACAUCACGCUAACGGAACACAUUUAUAUUUAUUCAGCUGCAUGAAGCACAGACAGAACUGAACACGUGUCUGGUUUGUUAACGUAAGAUAUUAACAGUUAAUCAGAUAAAUAAAGAAGAAAAAACAAGCAACAAGUUUACUCUGGAUCUCACUCCAAAUCAAUAAAUCCACUGAAUUGUUCAUCCUCAGCGUCGCUUCUGAACAACUCCGCCCACUCAGGAGGCAGAUGUCUGUCUCACUGGUACACGUCUCGUCCUCGUGCGGUUGUCCCUGUGACAGUAACGAAGACGUGAGAUUAUAUAUUUUAAUAAUUUCACGUGUAAGUCGCACCCCCGGACAAACUAUGAAAAACUUAUAUUCCAGAAAAGGCGGUAAUAUAGCCGCUAAACAGUUUGCUAAAUAUUUCUCACAACAUCAAAUUUUCUAGCUUGAAAUUUCCCCCAAAAAUCUGGAGUUUUGCAAAAAAAAAAAAAAAAAAAAAAUGCGAUUUCUGCCAAUCAAAACGAAACAGCCAUUUUGAGUUUUACGUCACUCAUUUAGUAAAUUAUUUUAUUUUAUUUAUGGCAACUUGAGUCUAAUGGGUCUUUGAGACAUUAAAGGACUACAGUCAGUGGUUACUAUGUCAGGUCCACCAUCUGCUUGUGUAGAAUAUUCCAGAGUAUAGCUUUAAACUUAUAUAUUUUGCAUUUAUUCAGUUAAAAUAAAAUCAAAGCUCAAAAAUACCUAGAACAAAAAACUGCAUUCUUCUUACAUGCAGAGUCACCGCUCCAGAGAUCUGACCUGUAACUUGGCCACAUGGCAUUACCUGGUUGUCUCCAUGGAGAUAGACAGGUUUAAUGCCGUACUGUGGAAUAUUUCAGACUUGGCUAUAUGUCCCUCCACCAGAAAAGUUGCACCGUGCACUUUUUAUUUAAUUGAAAUUUUUAAAACAAAUAACUUUAAUUUGUACCUGAGUUUUUAGUUUAGUCAUUUUUUGUUAAAUUUUCUGCUAUGAAAGAAUGUUUUCAAAAAUCUUGUAGCCUAUUUCCAAACUUUUUAAAUUCCCAAAGACUUUUUCUUCACCAGCGUUUCCUCCUCUGUGGCGCCCCCUGUUGGUCACGUGUCUUGGUGCUUUGCCUUUUUUUUUUUUCCUGAUCUUUUAAACUAUUCGUAUCGCUGCUUCAGUUUGAUGUAAAUAUUAGAAACAACAUCGCCAAAUCAUAACCAUUAUUUUUCAUAUUUACGAUGCAGUACAGUAGUCUAGGUUUCGGGGGCGGGCUUUAAGGUCAGGAGCGGCUGUGAUUGGUCGAUGAUGCCAAAUGUUUUUGAUUGACAUGUCUGACCCCUCCUCCUCUGUGUAAAUGUGUGUAUUUAUUUGGAGCGAAAAAUGUUACGAUUCAAUUCAAAAUCUUUGUAUUUUCAGUCAAAUCUUUGUUUUAUUCCGGGUUUGUUUUCUCUUUUUUGGAAGAAAUAAAAGUCAUUUUCCAUUCCUAAA